GCACAAUAGAUAGAAAAAAAAUAUUAUUAUUUCUAUUAUAAAGCUAAAAAGUUAUUAACUUUAUAUUUAUUAUUAUUAUUAAAAUUUUAGAAUUAAAAAAGAAAAUGCAAACUUUUGAAUUUAUUUUAGCAGUUGGAACUAUAGUUUUGGCAGGUGUUGUAUAUGUUUUCAUGUCAUCAAGUAAUAAAGGUGACGAAAAGAAAUCAAACGAAACAGGUUCAGUCGCACUUGAUCCAAACGAAUAUAAAAAAUUCCAAUUAAAAGAAAAAUUCAUUGUUAAUCAUAAUACUAGAAUUUUUAGAUUCGCUUUACCAAACGAAAAUGAUAUUUUAGGUCUCCCAAUUGGUCAACACAUUUCAUUAAGAGCAGUCGUUGGUGGUAAAGAAGUCUACCGUCCAUACACACCAAUUUCAUCAGAUGAAGAAAGAGGUUACUUUGAUCUUUUAAUUAAAGUUUAUGAAAAGGGUGCCAUGUCAGGUUACGUCGAUAAUAUGUUUAUUGGUGAUUCCAUCGAAGUUAAAGGUCCAAAAGGUAAAUUCAACUACACUGCCAACAUGCGUAAACAUAUCGGUAUGUUAGCUGGUGGUACAGGUAUUACUCCAAUGUUACAAGUCAUCAAAGCCAUCCUUAAGAACCCAGAAGACAAAACUCAAAUCUCUUUAGUCUUUGGUAAUAUCACCGAAGAAGAUAUCCUCCUCAAGAAAGAAUUAGAUGAAUUAGCUGAAAAACACUCAAAUUUCAAUGUUUACUAUGUUCUCAAUAAUCCACCAAAGGGUUGGAACCAAGGUGUUGGUUUUGUUUCCCAAGAAGUUAUUCAAUCUAAAUUACCAGCUCCAUCAGACGAUACUAUGGUUGUAAUGUGCGGUCCACCAAUGAUGAAUAAAGCCAUGACUGGUCAUUUAACAUCAUUAGGUUAUCAAGAAAAUAGCAUUUUCACUUUUUAAUCAACUUAUAUAAAAAACAAAAAAUAAAAAAAUAAUAUAUUUAUAAAGUAAAAA